GAAGCCCGACCGCUUCGACAGCUCCGGUUCACCAACACCCAAUCCAGAAUCCAACGCGACACAAUCCCCCCUUAUCUGCAGUCCGAGUUGCAGUGCAGCAGCGCCUCCUCGAGCCGGAGCCACACGUAACAGACGUAGGAGUGCUUGCGUUGCAAUGGCCGCGCCGCCGACGGGGCCGAUCGCCUGCCCGGUCUACCCGUGGCCCAGCGACGGGGCGGCACAAGGAAGGAAGAAGCUGUUCAUGCAGAGCGACUGCGCCGCGUGCCACUCCGCGCUCCCUUACGCCGGCCUCCGAGAGGCCACGGCGUCGGCGGAUGUGCGAGCUCAGGAAGCCAACAUCGUCAUUGCCGCCGCCGCGGAGGUGGCGCAGCCGCAGCCGAGGCACCUCCACGGCGGCCCGCCUCCUGACCUCGCCGCCCUCGUCACAAGAAUCCAGGGCUCCACCGGCGGCGAGGUCGCCAAGACGACGAUGAUGGCCGGCGGCACGGCCGUGUGCGAGGAGCUGAAGAAGAAGAUCACGGCGCCGCUGAGCCCCGUCUGGCUGCACUACACCAGGACUUUCCAGGCAGCUUGAUCCACCCAUCCGGCCCAAGCUUGCCUGUUUCUGUUCUAGUAAGCUCGUGUACUAGUACUACUUCAGCUGUCACAUGUAAAAAUACUCAAACCAUGAACUGUACCGAAAUAAUAAAUCACUAGCAUAUCCCAUUUGAAAUGGGGCAAGUUCCUGCGAGAUGUUUCAUGCUA